UGUGAAAUUUGCUACUGGCGAUCCAUACGCUCCUCUUAUAUAGUCAAAGGUUCUGUCCGAUCAGCUGUUUCGCAUUUAUUUGUCAUUUAUCGUAUUUUUGCGAACGGAAUAAUGGCAUCUUGUGCGUUACUGCAACAAUGUGCAAGUGGAAUUAGUAGGAGUAGUUUUAGAUUGAGUAGGUUAUUUUCAAGUAAAGGCACAGACAUACAAAAGAAACUCGAUAUAGCGGAGCGCAAGAAUGUCCAAGAAAUUAUACAGUCGCCAGAGGAGGCCAAAUAUCUGCAAGCUUUAAAAAGUACAAUUACCGUAACAUCUGAUGAGGAUGUUGGUUAUGUAUCUGGUGUUCCUGAAGAGCAUAUCAAAACACGUAAAGUACGGAUAUAUCAACCUGCCAAGAGCGCUAUGCAAUCUGGAACGAAUAACAUUCACUUUUGGCAAAUGGACUUUGAUACACGCGAACGCUGGGAGAAUCCAUUGAUGGGUUGGACUUCUAGUGGAGAUCCUAUGUCAAAUAUAAAAGUUGAUUUCGCGACAAAGGAGGAAGCAAUUGCACAUUGCAAGAAGAUGGGAUGGGAGUACUAUGUGCAAAAGCCGAAUGUUAGUCAGCCGAAACCUCGUAGUUAUGGUAGCAAUUUCUCUUGGAAUAAACGUACUAGAGUUUCAACUAAAUAAUCUACUUAUUUAAGCUGUCGUAAUUUCAUGCAAUAGCAACAAGUCGCUAAUUGUAGUCAUCCAAAAAAAUUUUGGAACAAAUAUGUAUCAUGA